UGACGACUUCACAGACACUCUUGCAUUUUUGUUGGAAAACACAGCUUGUGUGGCGACAUCGAGGGUUUUACAGUUUCCUGAGACACAGUUUCCUGACAAGAAAACAUGGGAGGAGUCUGGAGCAACACUUAUGGUUUCAUAAAGGGGGUGACAGACGGCGUUCAUAUGAUGAAACCCGAGGGUGAGCACCCCUCUGUGGUCCGUACGAACCCCGGCUUGCCUGUAGUAGCGCUGAUGAACCAAGACACCAUUCAAUACGCCCUCAACCCGGAGACGUACAAAAAGGAGCCGUAUUCCUUCGGACCCGUCGGCGUUAGCAAAGACGUAUUGAGGGGACACUGUCCGUCUAUGUUUUCCAACGACGAAGACCAUCGUCGGAAGAAGGCUCUCCUGGUCGACGCCUACAAGCAAGGUGAGAAGUCUCUUUCAUCUAUUCUCUUUAAUCAAAUAAAGGCGCACUUCGGAGAGUGGUCCCGACUCAAGGACGUUCCGGACUUUGAAGAGAGGGUUUUCCACAUCAUGUCUGAGACCCUGACUGAGGCCUUGUUCGGGAGGAAAAUCGACGGACAGCUGUGCUUCACAUGGUUGAACGGACUCAUAACUGAAGCCAAAACCUGGAUCCCGAUGCCCUCCCUGGCAUGGAAACGCAGACAGGCAAUAAAGGCCAUCCCCGAGCUUUUAAAAGCCAUCGAAACAGCACCCAAGUACCGAGAGCUCGUCCAACUUUGUCAUACCCACGGUGUGGAGGUAGAAGAAGGUAUCUUCACCAUCCUGUACGGCACACUGUUUAACGGCUGCGCCGCCCAGACCGCCGCCAUCGUCUCAUCCGUCGCCCGUCUGCACACCCUCAGCGACGCGGAGAAAAACGAGAUCAUCCAAACGACCCUCCAAGUCCUGGAGAAACACGGAGGCGUCUCGGAGGAAAGUCUCGGCGACAUGAAGACCCUUGAGAGCUUCAUACUGGAGGUCCUGCGGCUUCACCCACCAGUUUUCAACUACUGGGUUCUGGCAAGAAAGGAUCUUGUCAUUUCGCCAGAAAAAGAAAACAUCAAGGUCUGCAAGGGGGAGCGAAUGCUUGGAUGUUGCUUCUUUGCUCAGCGUGACGGAUCUGUGUUUCCGGAUCCGGACCGUUUCCGGUGGAAUCGCUUUCUUGACGAACAAGGAGGCCAGAAGAAGCAUCUUUUCUUCCCUCGCGGAAGUUUUAUGGAGGCCGCUGACCUCAACAGCCACCAAUGUCCUGGCCAGGACAUCGGCUUCUUCAUGAUGAAAACGACCCUAUCGGUUCUCCUGUGCUACUGCAGCUGGGAGCUGAAGGACGCCCCUGUGUGGUCUGAUAAGCCCAUCCGGGUGGGCAACCCUGACGAUCCCGUGCGCCUCGUGCGGUUUAACUUCCGCUCAGAACAGGCCGGUCGUGCGCUGGUCAACACUUCUGCUAAAAAGAUAUGAUUUAACGUGUGACGUUUCUCUCACACACAUCGGUACGCACAAUGCAAAUCCGCAUGGGGUCCGUGUUGGCAUUUUUCAUGCGCACUCGCACGUACAAUACGCACCUCAUACGCAUCUCAAUCGUUCUGUGUCCGUAUUAAUGUUUUCUUAGGUUAUAGGGCAAUUGUCGAUUAGCAUAGUACAUGUAUUUUUUUACAAGCGUACCUAACUCAGAACACACUGUAUCACGUGACUCCAAGGAUACUUUCUCAGGUUAUUUUUUUAGAAUUGUUGCUGAGAUUUUAUUAACUUAAAGUUUAGAUACUUAGUGGAUAUCCUGUGAGGGGAUAGUGUAAUAGGUGUAUUAUAAGUUGAAUAGUUUCCGUGAAUUUUGCUUGUCCUUUCUUCCAUCUCAAUUUUAUUCAAAAUAUCGUUUUUUUUCCUUACAAUUACUGAAUAUUUAAUGGUUGUUAUUGGCCUGUACCAUCGGUUUAUGUUAUCUAACUUUUGUUAUCUUAUUAUUUUCAAUAAAGGUGUACAAAAAGAA